CUUCCACCAUGAGUCUCAAAGAAGAGAAACCCACCGUGUCGAAUAAGGUCGAUCUUUCAGCGUUCGGGUUGUCCGCCGAGGAGGUCCAGACGCUGUCGCAGAAAUGCACUGAGGCGAAAGAAAAGGCAUACUGCCGCUACUCCCACUUCAAGGUCGGGGCUACGCUGCUGGUCAAAGACGAUGCUCCCGCUGUGUCGUCGACUGGCCGCUUCAUCUCUGGCGCCAAUAUCGAAAAUGCAUCAUAUCCCGUGGGCACCUGUGCUGAGCGCGUAGCACUGGGUACGGCGGUCUUUGAAGGACACCGCUACGGGUCGUUCAAGGCACUCGCAGUCGCGACGAACACAGAGCCAGGUAGCCCGGCGAGCCCUUGCGGAAUGUGCCGACAGUUCAUCCGCGAGUUCUGCGAACCGAAUAUGCCAAUCAUUAUGCACGAUAGACUUGGUGGGCAAGUCGUGAUGACUGUCGAGCACCUCCUGCCAAUGUCCUUUGGGCCUGAUUCGUUGCCCGCUCCUGGGGAGCUGGACAAGCUAGAAAGGACAUAGGAGAGAACAUCUCGAGGCGGACUCGGAGUUUUAAGCUACUGCAAAGGAGCCUCUGGGAGGGGACGCAUGACUUGUCCUAGGAAUGAUGCACCCGUUGGCAAACGGCUGAUACCAGUGUAGAUAUCGCGCUUGCCAUUUGAGACAGGCAGAUAGAACGAAAGUUACUUGGCUUUCAUCCACCUCGCUCUCUCGAGCCCCCAAUUAGCGUCUCGUCCUAGGAAGUCAUUGGCAAAUGCAGAAGCCCGAUAGGACCGUCGAGCAUGUAACGCACAGGAAAGGUCUGUCGCGCGGGGAAUCCAGAGAGAUAAGGAAGUCUGGGGGACAUGGAGGGACAUGCCGCCUCACGUACGCCUUUGGCAGGGAUCAGUCCCAACAUGUGCGUCUGGGUCCUCCCGCUCUUGCACGGACACGAAACGCGCCGUGGAGAUGGAGAGAGAAAAGUCGC